UAUAAAAGGUUCAGGUAGAAUCUGAUUUGUAUUUUCGUCAGGGAGGAUUAUAGUCUAAGUGCUAUUCAUCUUACAUGACUUUGAAAAUGACUCUCCAAAGGCUGUUUGGGUACUUAAUGAUGAUCAGCAUGCUCUGCAAUGGUUGUCAAUCAAAGGAGCCGGUGUGUGGUAAUGUAGCAGUAAAAGAGUCCCGAAUCAUUGGGGGUCAGGAUGCCCAGCCAGGAGCCUGGCCCUGGCAGGUCUUUUUAACUAUAAGUAAUAGUCUCUGUGGAGGAUCACUGAUAAAUGAUCAAUGGGUGCUGACAGCUGCUCACUGCAUAACCAGAGAUGACCUCAACCAAACAGAAGUCCAGCUUGGUGUUACAAGACUAAAUGCUUCCAGCCCCAACAAAGUGACUCGAAAACUGUCUGAAAUAAUCUGCCAUCCUGAAUACCAGAUUGAUACAUUUGAAAAUGACAUCUGUCUCUUGAAGCUUUCGUCACCCGUUAACUUUACUAACUAUAUACAGCCAGUCUGCUUGGCUUCAGAAAACAGCACUUUCCAUGAUGGGGUUACAAGCAUGGUAACAGGUUUUGGUGUUACUGAUGCUGGAGUAAUUCCCAACACCCUGCAGGAAGUAGAGGUACCAAUAGUGGGAAACAACAGAUGCACAUGCUACUACCUGGACUAUUUUUAUCUUUUUCUUUCAUUUGGGGACCUGGACACAAAUAACUAUUUGUGUGCUGGACUUAAACAAGGGGGAAAGGACGCUUGUCAGGGUGAUUCAGGGGGACCACUGGUUGUACAAAUCCAAAAUAGUUCUACGUGGGUCCAGGCAGGAGUUGUGAGUUUUGGUGAAGGCUGUGCUUUACCAAAGAGACCUGGAGUCUACGCUCGAGUGUCCCAGUACCAGAGAUGGAUCAGUGACACGGUCACUGGCAUGGAACCAGGCUUUGUUACUUUUACCUCCACUGGCUUGGACAGCGACUUAAAUUUCAACUGUGGUACUACCAGCCCUGCUACUACUGUCAGUACAACCACUGAUGACAGUAUUUUUGGCAGUGGAGGAACCCUAAACCAAUUCUCUAACUUUAUUGCUCUUUCUAUUCUUGCUCUUUUUCUUCAUGUUCUUGUAGGUAGUGUUCGAAGUUAAUGUUUCACUGAGAAAUAUAAGAAAAUGUAACCAAUCAUUAACUAGAAUCCUGGAAACGAUGUGUUGCUGAUGAAGUUAAACAAAUAAUGCAACAUUAUGAUCUUGCCAAGUACCAUAUUAACUUUUGGGCUGGGUUUAUUUGAAUUACUACUAAUCAACCAUAAUUACUACUGGACAAAUGUAUUUUUUGAAUAUGUGUAACAAGGGAUUUCUGAUCAAAACAAAAUAAAAAAUGUAAUUGCUUUUGCUCCUGUGUGAUUACUUUUUUAUUUAAAGGUCAGCAAAUAAUGACACAAAAUCUGAAACCUCUAGUUGCAUACAGAAAGGUAUCCAAACCAGAAAAGAGAGAGUGGAGCUAAAAAAGAAAAACGUGAUUUUGUU